AUGGAUGAACCUGGUUACCUUACAAAUGAAACUAUGUAUCGGGGUAUCAUUGGAUCUCUCUUAUACCUAACAGCCAGCAGACGUGACAUUCUGUUUAGUACUGGGUUGUGUGCUAGAUUCCAAUCAAAUCCUAAAGAAUCUCACUUGAAAGUUGCUAAAAGAACUCUGAGGUAUCUCAAAAGAACACAGGACCUGGUCCUCUAUUAUCACUCUGGAGAAAAUUUUGACUUAAUUGGGUAUGCUGAUGUUGAUUAUGCUGGUUAUCUGCAAAAAACGGUUGCUCUUGACAACGCUCUAAAGGAGAAUAAGGAGAAAACGAAGAGAAGAAGACUUGCAAAAAGUAGACUAGUUGAUGAGGAGGAUUUGCCUCCGGAAAAUGUUGUGGAGGCCGAGGAUGAAAAGGUACAUGAGGAACCUGCUCCUCUUGUCCGUAAAACAUCUAAGAAGACUGUGUUUGUGAAAGAGAGGAAGGUAUCACCUGCAAAGGUUGCUAAAACUGGUGGCCAAGAGAGUGUUGAGAAAGAGAAGUCCGGUGAGAAGGGAAAGUUUGUUGAGAAGGAGAAUGUGUUGGGAAAAAAAAGUAUUUCAAGACGAAGCCAAGCAGUAGUGAGGAACCUGGUUCCUCCAAGAAGGCCAUAA